AUGAAUAUUGUUAAGUCCUUAUUGCUCAUAUAUAGUUUACUUGCUAUGCCAACUUUAUAGUGUAGUCAAUCAUGUUUUUGCAGAAAAUAUUUCACAUUAAGGAUUCGUACUUAAAUUAGAGGAUAAUAUAAAAAUAUUUUAUAAUAAAAUAAUGGAGCAUUGAUUUCUAAUAGAAAUUAAAUUAGCUUUGCAGGUAAUUAGUUCAACCGGAGUCCUUUAAGAUCAGAAGUUUAUUAUGUAAAUGGAGGACGAGGAUACACUAGUUAAAUUAUAGGAAGAUAUCUGAUAAUUGAUUUACCAUAAACUUAUGAGAUUAAUACAAUCAUAUUUUGGGUUUAUGAUAGAGAUGCUACUUUACGAAGGUUUAAUUUAUAGGUCUAUAUUUAAAACUCUCAAGGUCAAAGACAAUUAAUUUAUUAAAAUACAGCAGCUACAAGUAUAACAAAAAUAAAGUUUAAUGACACUUUUGUUAAAUAAAUACUGUUUUAUAAUAAUAAUGGAAGUUCAUUGAAUUAAUAUUUACAUUUCUUAAAUUUAUAAGCAUAUUUUGAUUUUUGA